UUUCUUUUCUUCCAGCCAGGAAGCAUGCCAGCUUAAACCAUGCUUUUGAGGGGGAAAUUUGCUGUAGUAAAGAAAUGUGUAAAGAAAGAGACUGAAAAAGAAUUUGCGGCAAAAUUCAUGAGGAAAAGAAGAAAGGGACAAGAUUGCCGGAUGGAGAUAAUUCAUGAGAUUGCAGUUCUGGAACUAGCACAACGUAAUCGUUGGGUUAUCACCUUGCAUGAAGUGUAUGAAACACCUACAGAAAUGAUUUUGGUGUUGGAAUAUGCUGCUGGUGGAGAGAUUUUUGACCAAUGCAUAGCUGAAAGAGAAGAUGCCUUCAAAGAAAAAGAUGUUAGACGUCUUAUGAGGCAGAUAUUAGAAGGAGUUUCAUUUUUACAUCAAAAUAAUGUAGUUCACCUUGACUUGAAGCCACAGAAUAUUCUGCUUAGCAGCGAAUCACCAUUGGGAGACAUUAGGAUAGUUGACUUUGGCCUUUCCAGAGUAAUGAGGAACAGUGAAGAACUCAGAGAAAUCAUGGGAACACCUGAGUAUGUGGCUCCAGAAAUCCUGAGUUAUGAUCCCAUUAGUACGGCAACAGAUAUGUGGAGCAUUGGAGUGCUAGCAUAUGUCAUGCUAACAGGAGUAUCGCCUUUCUUGGGAAAUGAUAAACAGGAAACAUUCUUAAAUAUCUCUCAGAUGAACAUAAAUUAUUCUGAGGAUUUUGACCUUAUAUCUGAAUCUGCUGUGGAUUUCAUCAAAUCUCUUCUAGUUAAAAAACCUGAGGAACGGGCAACAGCUGAAGAAUGUUUGCUACACUCAUGGCUGGCACAAGCUGAUGUUUCCGAUAGUAUAAACUGGGUUAAGACCACAGAAGAGGAGCCAAAUGUCACAAUUAUAAAUGAAGAAGAUUCCGCUUCUGAAAAUUCUGCAGAUAGAGAAAAAACAGAAGAGUCAACAGUGACAGAAGAGUUGAUUGUAGUAGCUUCAUAUACAUUGGGCCAAUGUAGGCAGUCAGAAAAAGACAAAAUUGUUGAACAGAAAACCAUUUCCAAGCGGUUUAAGUUUGAGGAACCAUUACUACAAGAAAUACCUGGAGAAUUUAUUUACUGAAUUUCAUCUUUCUUCUGCCUCUUGAGACUUAAAAUUCUAAUUUCCCCUUGCUCCUUCCAUAUUUAUAUAUAGCCAAAUAAACAUUCAUAUACAAAAGUUAUUCUAAAUAAAAUAGAGGAGGGUGUUCAAAAGCUAACUAAAAAACUGUGCCAAACUCCUUUGUUUUUGUGGACUGAUACAUGGGAAGUGUCUUAGAGAAGAGCAAAAAGCAGCAAUUCAUAUUUUCCUUACCUGUUGGUAUAUGUAAAGCUUUUGGACUAUAUCUUCUAUUUAAUAAUUAUUCACAGUUGAGAUCUAUAAUAGUACAAGUGAUGACUGAUAGAUAUUUCUGUUAUCUGGACAAGCUGAUAGGUGUUGCUUGUCACCAAGUGCAGCAAAAUAUGAAGGCAAUUAGUAUUUAAGCACAGGUUGCCUUUAAAUACACUGAACCACAUUAUACACCCUGGCUUCAUCCCUGAUGAAAUAUCUGACACACACCCAAAACCUUUUCAGUUAUAACAGACUAGCUUUCAUGCUAACUUGUAAAAUUCAAACAAAAUAAGAGUUUGAGGGGUAGCAAAGCUAAUAACUACCAUUCUACUCUAGACUGGUUUGUAGAGAUGCACCUAAUUUUUCCAUAUUACAUUAUAAAAAUAUAAUGAGGCUUAUAAGCACAAAGUAAAUAAAUCAGUGAUGUAUGUCACUGAUGGAGUGGCCUUUUUCAAAUACAUAGGUCUCUUGCUGCUCAGUCUAUACUAUCUCAUUCUGUAACCAGUAGAUGACCAGUAAAGCUAUUCUGUACUUGUCAGAUUUCAAUAUAAUGCUUUUUCAUUUUUCUGGUAUGCAUGAAAUCAGUAUGUGGCAGUUAGGCUAUAUUGUCCCUGCACCCAGGAUAUGCAUUAUUCCUUUUGAAAGUUUUCUACUAUAUUGAAUUUAUCACAUGGCUUGCUGCUUUUCCUGGCAUCACUAUUAUCUGAUUAGUCCUCUUGAAAGGGCAACCCUUCAAAUUCAUACAGUCUAGUCUGUCAUUAAGCAAGUUAUUUAUGUUAAGGACACGGUGUUGUUAUGUAUGGAUGAAAUUCACAUGACAGCCUUAUUAUGACCUGGACUGAAUUGUGUUGGAUUCCAUCGUUUUGACACCAUUAUCAGAUCAUUAGUUUGCCUUUUGCAGAAGUUGUUCUAGAUUUCUAAAACAACUUACCUGUGGUUUUUCCCCCCUUGCAAAAUAAGGCAUUGUGAAGUGAGGUUUGGAAAUAAGCUAUUCUUGAAAAACCUGGUGCAUAACCUUAGGAUAAUACUUGGUCCUGAUGGAAUAGUGGAUCGUGUGAAUGAUGUCUGUAAAGCAAUGGAAUUCUGUUAAAGUAACACAAAAUCUUAACAAUUGCCUAGCAUGAAGUCACUGUGCUAGUUUUAUGGGUGGCAAAGAAGGUUUGUGGGGGUGCACAAGUAGUCUGACUUCAUGUUUUCUGAGGAUCUGUCCAGUGCUUUUGACUAUUAGGCGUCCGUGGUUCACCAUUUUGGUAUGCUUCACUUGAGCAAAGUUGCUGUGUGUCUUGGAAUUCACAUAGGAGGCACAAAACAUUCAGUGUUUGGUUAAAUAGGAAACAUAGGCGGGUUACAAACCACCACUUACGAUGCGCUCCGUGCGUGCUAGGGUUAUUAGGAAGGGGCAUGGUAGGGUUAGGAAGAGUCGCCCCUUCCUAACUGGCCCCAGCCCCAAC